AUGGCCGCGGACGCCGCGAGCGUCGACGCGGCGAUCGACGCGGUGCGAACGGAGUACGAGCGGUUGCUGCGACGCACGCGCGCGGUGCAUGAGAUGAAAAUCACGGUGAAACGGGCGGCGGUGGCGCGCGCGAGGCGUCAGGGCGACGCGCGGGCGGACGCGCUGGAGGCGGAGGCGGAGGCGGCGGAGGCGGAGCGAGACGCGGCGAUCGACGAGCUCGAGCGAGAGAUGGAGCGGGAGAUCGUCCGGGCGAAGACGGCGGUGCGUGAGGAAAUAGACGAGGAGGUGAUGCGGAGAGAGGCGAUCGAGCGACAUUUGGAGGAGGAACGGCGCCGCGCGGCGGAGGCGGAGGCGGGCGCGGGACCGGAGGCGUUGCGGUCGCAAUUGGGCGUCGAGGAGCAGGACACGUACGAAGACGCGGAUGAUCACAGGACGACUUCGCCAGAGGGGACACCGAGGCCGAUCGAGGGGACGAGUGGCGAGGUCAAAGGUAACCGAGCCAACGCGUUUCAACGACUGAAGACGACGCUUCAUAGGAAAACGAGCGGCGGCACAGAUGAGUCAGAGAAAGCGCUCGACGAGGAGAUGAGAGAACCGGCGGUGGCGGAAGAGGCGACAAUUCAUACGAAGACACCGAGCGUCACCAUGGCGGCGCUCGCGCCUAAACCGGUGCCAAUGAUGUCCAUGUCUCAGCUCGCGCCAAAGCCAAUUGAGCAGGCACCAAAGUCCACGCAGGCUUCCGAUCCACUCAAAGAUAUGGUGCAGCGUCUGCAGUCUUCGAAAGUUGGACCAAUGGAGAACCGUGUGACGUCGGCACCGAGAGAGCGAGUGGAGAAGAACGAGACUAUCGUGAGCGCAACAGCGACAAAAGUGCCUCGAGCAUUUCACGAGCCAAUGUCAACAAGAACUGUCGCGGCGAAGGAGCGCUCGAGCGACCCGUUCGCACCACCUCGAGGAUUGAGCGCCGCAGUCAAAGCGUUGGUCGGUAGGGAGAAUCCGUCCGAGCGUACGAGGACGAUCGAGGACGCUUUCGGGAUGCCACAGGCGACGUACAGAGCCCCGGCGCUCGCGACUUUUCCGGAGACUCCGCGAGUGAACGCUGACGUCUUCGCCCCGGAACCUCAGUCGGCGCCGAUACCAGCAGCGCCGGUACACGUAGAGCCGAAUCCGUACGUAAUGUCUGCUAGGGAUUUGCAACCGAGGAAACGCGUGGGAAUGCCCAAACCAAGUCAAGGAUUGGGAUUGGACCACGGCGCUACUCGAGCGCCAGCUGCACCAGACGUGGGACCGACCAAGACGGAGGUUGGAGCUCAGAAGCGUGAUCGUGGUCUAGCACUGUUGCCGCCAAAUGAGUUCCCAGCGCCCGAUUCACCGGUUUCGGAUUCCGCCACAGCCGUGGUCCUCAAGCCUAAAAUUCCUCGAGGAAUGGUUCCGCACCAACCCUUCAAGGUCUCAGAGAUUCGAAACAUAUUUUCCUACGCCCGUCACGGGCGUUACGACGAGAUGAAAAAGCUGAUCGUCAAAGGCGUUCCUCUGGACGCAAGAGACGAGCAUGGGAACACACCGCUCAUCAUCGCGAGCCAGAACGGUCAAGGACGAUGCGUAAAACUCCUCAUCCGAAGUGGCGCCGAUCCCAACGCACAGAACAAGCGCGGGAACACCGCUCUGCACUUUACCCUUCACUUUCGCUUCGAUGCCAUCUCCGAUUUCAUCCAAAAACACGGCGGGAUGACAAACAUACGAAACUUUGAUGGCGCGACAUGUUUCGAGUUCGUCGGGUAG